GCUCCUCGCAACGCCGGGCUUGCAUUCGCACACCGAACACUUUGUUGACCACACGCUCUCUCUGGACGCCGGACUUCGGAUUUUACGUUUUUAGCACUUCUUUUGUGAGCCUUUGGCGUCGUGUUCUCUUCGUGGUGUAAACGCCUGGGUUAUAGGCAGCAGCAUGAAGUUCCUCGGCUUCCUCGCUCUGUUGAUCCUUACGAACCAAGCUUCUGCUUGGUUCUGCUACAGCCACAACCCUGGAGAUAAAUGGUCGGUUGUUCCCUGUUUCUCCGGGUCAUGUUACUCGAUAGGAGCAAGCAUCAUGGGUUUGGGCGACGCCAAGAAAGGCUGCGCAGACAAGGUGUACCCGAGCAUCUGUCAGGCAGCCAACUUCAGGGGUUUGGCUUCAGAGCACGCGUGUUUCUGCAACACCAUCCUCUGCAACAGCUCCUCCAACUUGGCCCCGUCUCUGCUGUUGCCCCUGUUGGCUCUCGGCUACUUCCUGUGGAUGUGAUUUGAGAUCGGUGUUGUUUCAGUGCUUCGAAUGUGUUCAUUUAAAAUUUUGAGGAGCUUGUUGUUGAGCAGGAAUUUCCUAUAUAGGCCUAUUGCUGUUUUUUAAUUGUAUUUCAUUGUUAUUAAUAACAAAGUCUCUCUCUCUCUCUCUCUCUCUCUCUCUCUCUCUCUCUCUCUCUCUCUCUCUCUCUCUCUCU